GACCCGGACGACGAGGAUGAGGACGAUCAUCUUCCGCUGCAGCCCGCGGCCAUUUCAGAGCGCUUCGCAGAUGCGAUCGCAACGCAGCACCAGGCUGAGGUUGCAGUCCCGCCCACCGUGCUCGACACACAGCCGGUGGACGACGGUGAAGGUCCUGGGAAUAUGGGCCCUGGUUCUGAUGGAGCUGAGGAUGUG